AUGGAAAAGAAAGAGGCGCAACAGGAAAAUCAACAAGGAAUUAUUCAAGUAUCUUCUGAGCUGCCAGGGAGUACUAUAAAAAAUCAGGAUGGGCCUGCUGGAAAUCAAAACAGGGGAAGAGAAAUGCAAAAGAAAAUUGAUUUUAAUAGAAGGACAUUCAGGGGAAGUAGUGAACCACCAAAACUAUUCUACAAACCUACAGGUAGCAUAUUUGGUGUUGACAAGCCUCAUCCCACAUCUGCAGCUGGAUUUGUAAAUCAAGAAGAUACUACAAGGGUGGUAAAUUUGGAAAAAGAGCAAGGACAACAGCCUUGUAAACAAAAUGUGAUCCAUGACACCUCCAAAAGCAUCAAUACUAGCACCUCCGACAAAGCUCAGAUAGAAGAAGGAAAAGAGCAAACAAGAGGCAACAAUAUGGAUUUCAACAGUGAGAAUGGUAUUCAAAAAGAGUCCAUGGAACUAAAUACUAACAAGAUGAUUGCUAUUAAAGACAAAAAAGAGCUCCAAAUUGACAUAUUCGAUGGAGAAUGGAAGGUAGUGGGCAGUUGGAAAAGUAGAAAAAAGCCCGACAACAAAUUUGGAUCUUCACAAAGGAGUCACAAACAUAACAAAAUUAGUGAAGAAGCCAUAGCCGAUAUCACCCGGAAUAGUUUUGAUGAACUAAUGGAGGAUGAAGAAGAGCUACUGACCAGUACAAGUAAAUCAAAACCAAAAAACAGUGUGGAGGAAGGAAAGGAUCUAGAAGGAACUAAAUCAAAUUCUCAAGAUGAGUGGGCUGAUAGGACUUCAUCAUCAUCAGCAGAAGAAGAAGAAGAGGAGGAGGAGAAUUCAUCAGAUGGCUCAUCAGAGGAGGAAGAGGAUGAGGAAGAGGAAGAAGGGGAAAUACAGGAAAAAGAAAAGGUUUUUAUCAAUAUUAGAAGAAAAGAACUGGGAAUAAAAGGUCAAGAGGCUGAUACAGAAAAGAAGACUGCUCAAAGGAAACCUCAGAAGACCAAGACGGACCAUAGUAGCCAAAUCAAUCCAAAUAUCAGAAACCAAAAAGUGGAUCAACAAAAACCAUCCAAGUUCACUUUUCAUGAUUAG